AUGCCUAAGUCUGUCAGAGUAGGAGAUUAUUAUGACAAUGACGAUAAUGGGUUAUGGUCGUGGUACCUUGAAAAUAUCAGAUCAGGGGAUUUUGAAGAAUUAACUCAAAAUGAAUUAAAAUUUACACUACUAAGAAGAUUUCUAUAUAAUAAAUUCAUCAAGGAUCGUGAAGAUGAUACAGAUAAUUUCGCAGCAUCUAAAAAUUCAAAAAUUCUAUUUAUUUCAAUCCCAGAUAAUAUUCAUAGUGAUAUAUCACUCCUAGAGACAUUCUUAAAAGAAUAUUUCCAUUUGGAAGAUUUAACAAAUAUUAAAAUUUUAAAAUUGACUCAUGAUAAAACGUACCAUCACGAAAACCAUUACGUUUUGAUCGAUACUUUAAACAACUUUGAUGAUCCAACUUUUUUGGAGUAUGUCAAUCCAAAGGAUUAUAAAUAUAAUGAUAGCAUAUCUCCAAGUCAAAACAAUAAUAAUAGCAUAAUAAAUUUCCCAAAUUCGAACAUGAAUAUUCACGUUGAUUCAAAACAAAAUAUGAAUAUUCACGUCGAUUCAAAACAAAGCGAUGGGCCUCACGAAAAUAAUAUUAGUACGACGAAGACAAUAACAAAUGAGGGUGAACGACUCCUUGAUACAGUAAGAACUGUCACAGGUGGAACAACCGAUCAUAUUAUGACAUAUACACAUUCCGGCUCAGUCAGCUCGUCUCGUGAAUCGUCAUAUUCAUCAUCGUCAUAUAAUUCAUCAUCUGCAUCCUCCUCCAUAUCAUCCGCAUUAUAUUCAAGUUCCUUUGUCGAUUCCAAUACUGUCUCUAGAUCUGCGGAAUCAUCUAGUCGAUCUAUGGGAUCCGUUCCACAACCCUUGCAUACACCCUCAGGGAAGUCUCAAAAUAAUAAUGAUACCUCCAGAACCCAAUCGCUGGGUGACAAAAAGGAUAUUACAAACGAUGGUAACUCAUCCUAUAGUAGUAAAAGUCAUAGUAUAAAUAAUAGUGAGAAUAUUCGUUCAAUUAAUAUGUUGGAAGACAUGGAAGACGCAACGGGAAGUAUAAUUGAAAUUAAUUUCCCAAGAACUAAACUUCACACUAAACUUAGCGGGGAACAAAACGAACCUGUGAAACAACUGACUACAAGUCGUGUUUAUAAUCCUAGAGGUGAUAACACUGGAAUAUAUACUCCACCUCAAUCUGAGAUUAUUUCCAUAAAUAGUUUUGCUGAUACAAGGUCCAAAAUUCUAGAGGUUGACACAGAACCAUUACACCAAACUAGAUCGAGAUCUGAACUUUCUAUAUCUAUUAAAGAGGAUGAGGAGUCUAACGAUUUUAAUCCAUACGAUGAGGGUCUUGAAUCCAAUGAUGCAGAGUCGAGACUCGACAGUUCCUCGUUUAGUUCAUCUAUCACAGUUUCUACCCAAACGACUUCCGCUGAUUCUAUAUAUUCUAUUUUACCAUCCAUUUCAAUCAGGUCUCCUCAAGGUCAUUUCAGACUGGUACUUCAAUCGAUGUUGACAUUAAAUGAAGACCGUCAAAUUUAUACUGCAAUCAGGCAAUCCAACAACUUAUUAGAUGAUGCAGAUGUUAGUGAUGAUUGGAUCCUUUAUGACCAGAAAUUCUCCAUGAAUAAUUUAAUAAUGUUGACUUUGAAGGAUUUAUUCGAAUGGGGCCAAAACUUAAAAAAAAUAUUAUUCUACAGUAUGGUCUUCAUUGAUAAUGCAGGUGUAGCAGAUGAUAAUAAUCUAGAGUCUCAUACCAAGGAUCUAGCGGUCAAUAAUAGUGUAUUGAAAGAACCGGAGAAUAGUGAUAUGGAGAUCCCACAAUUAUUAUUUUCGGAUGAUGCCGAAAGAGACCCUACAAUGCAUAUACCAGAGCGUGUCCAAACAAAUAACACUAUAGCACAUAGAUCUAUUAGAACAAUCAAUAGUAUUGGUGAAUGGGCUUUCAAAAAGAAAAGUAAUGCUACGGAUAGAUAUAGUGGGUCGUAUGAUUCAAGUGAUUCUGAAAAUGGUCCACAAACAUUCUAUGGAGACGGCGAUGUUCUUACGAGUACUAAUACCAGGCAGAAUACCAAGGAUAAUAUUAUGAUAGAUCAAAAAAAAUCCAAGAAGAAAAAUACUAAGAAUUUGAAGGAUCUUGAACAUGUUGCGAGAUGGAAGAGUGUGCCAAAUAAGAGUGAUCCAUUACGUAGUAAUGAAGGCAGUAAUUGGAAGAAAAAUAUGAAGAGAUUUAGUAAAGGGAAGCCUCAUAAUCAAAAGGAAACCUUUUGUACUAUUAUGUGA